AUGGCGGAUGAUAAAUUUCAAUUUCCGACACUGUUUGGGGAGGAUGGAGAGGACUCCGAUGAUGAAAAGCUGGUGAUGGAUAUCGAGUCCUUUCUCAGCGUUCUUGAUGAAGAUUGUGUUCCUUCUGAGAGUAGUCACGAGGAUUAUUCAUUGAAAGACGUUUCGCCUGGUGAAUCUGGGACCCAUGAUAAUUUUUUACUUCAAAAUGGGAAUUCUUCCAUGCUUGACUACGAACAUGAAAACCGAGGACCUUCAUCAGAGACCUGCUAUUCCCCAAAUGCUUUUGCUGGUGGUUACAGGGACUCAUUCUCUGUUGUUGAAAGUGAUGAAACUUGCUAUGUAGAAAGGGCAGGAGUUUCUGAACGCGAGAUGCCUUUUUACAGUACAGACACAAGUUUUGCUGAAGCAAAUUCAAAUGCUGUAACUGUUUGUAGAGAUAAUUUGAACUCGAGUCUGUGGAAGGGUCACAAUACUAGCCAAAUCAAGCAUGUGGCAGAUGAUGUAGAAUCUGAAUAUGCUUCUCACAGCUCUAUCAUUGAGAAUGUUGAUGGAACUUUUGCAAAUUAUGGAACGGCUUUGAAAGACAUUAUUGGAGUUUCUAGGCAGCAGGAAAAUGACUCAUGUACUACUUCUGAAAUGCCAUUUGUGGAUGUUGACAUGCCUACACAUUUUGGAACUUCAACUGAUUCUACUUUUUGUCAAGAGACAACAAUGAACAUGAAGGUUGAAAAAAUGGAGUUCUUAACUGAUUCUGCAAAUAUGAUUGGCGGCUUGCAUUUCAAUACGGUUGGUCCGGUCCCUUUUCAGGACAGGCAAUUUAUGCCAACAGAUAGUGAAUAUCCUUCAUUUUUUCCUGGUAAUGUUAUAUUUGAAGACAGUGAAUCGGUGCAACAGUCAUCUUGUGCUCCAUAUAUUUCUUGUGAAGGCCAGUCAUUUAAUGUCAAAGCUGAAGGAGAUGAAAUGGGUAUGCCUUUCCAAAAUACUUUUCACAAUGACCAUGCCGAGUUAAAUGCUGGUCUUGGGGUGAAACAAUUACCUGGAAAUACGGGAAAUUUGAAUUUCAGAUCCUUAGACAAAUCUCUUUCUAUUGCCCGGGCAUCAAUUACCAACGGGAAGCAUUAUAACUGUGGUAUGAGCGAACUAGAGAGUAAACCAAGCGAAUAUAAAAGUAUUGAUGAUUCACAACUUUCCAGAAGUACUGAGGGAUCCAAUGACGAAGAUGACUGCGAUGUUUGCAUUAUUGAAGACAUCAGUCACCCUGCACCUACAAGUCGAUCUGCUGAACUAUAUAAUUCUCUUAAUAUGUCACAAUCUUCUAGAUUUGACUAUACUAAACCCCAUAUGGCGGGAAACACAAGACCCAAGCCACACGACGAGCAGUACAUAUUACGAGUUGCAUUGCAGGAUCUGUCUCAGCCAAAGUCAGAAGUUAGUCCCCCAGAUGGGCUGUUGGCAGUUCCUCUUUUACGUCACCAGAGAAUUGCUUUAUCGUGGAUGGUUCAGAAGGAAACAUCAAGUUUAUACUGUUCCGGAGGAAUUCUUGCAGAUGAUCAGGGUCUUGGGAAAACAGUUUCAACUAUUUCUUUAAUACUAAAGGAAAGGCCUCCAUUGCUCAAGACGUGCAAAAGUGCACAGAAAAGUGUAUUAGAAACCUUGGAUUUGGACGAUGACCCACUUCCUGAGAAUGGUGUAGUGAAGAAGGAAUCUAAUGCGUGUCAAGAUACAUCUAACAGAAAUGCAAUCACAGGUGUGAAUUUGUCGGUGCACACAAAGGGCAGGCCAUCUGCAGGAACCCUUGUUGUUUGUCCAACUAGUGUCCUGCGACAGUGGGCUGACGAACUGCAUAAUAAAGUAACCUGCAAAGCAAAUCUCUCUGUGCUUGUGUACCAUGGAAGUAGUCGAACCAAAGAUCCUUAUGAACUUGCCAAGUAUGAUGUUGUUUUGACUACUUAUUCAAUUGUUAGCAUGGAGGUCCCUAAGCAGCCUCUGGUUGACAAAGAUGACGGAGAAAAAGAAACUUAUGAAGAUCAAGCUAUGCCGAGUAAGAAAAGGAAAUGCCCUCCUAGUUCAAAAAGUGGCAAGAAGAAGAAGGGUUUGGACAGCAUGAUGCUUGAGGAGUCUGCACGUCCUCUUGCAAAAGUAGCCUGGUUUAGAGUUGUCCUGGAUGAGGCCCAAAGUAUAAAGAAUCACAGAACUCAAGUUGCAAGGGCCUGCUGGGGUCUUCGAGCUAAGCGCAGAUGGUGCUUGUCCGGAACUCCAAUCCAGAAUUCAAUUGAUGAUCUCUACAGUUACUUUAGAUUUCUAAGAUAUGAUCCUUAUGCCGUGUACACAUCAUUCUGUUCAACAAUCAAGAUUCCUAUCAGCAGAAAUCCAUCAAAAGGGUAUAGAAAGCUGCAAACUAUCUUAAAGACGAUCAUGUUACGUAGGACAAAAGGCUCACUUCUUGAUGGGGAGCCUAUUAUAUCUUUGCCACCUAAAUCUGUGGAGUUGAAAAAAGUGGAAUUUUCACAGGAGGAACGUGAUUUCUAUUCCAAGCUAGAGGCUGAUUCACGUGCACAGUUUCAGGAAUACGCCGAUGCUGGUACUGUGAAGCAAAACUAUGUCAACAUUUUAUUGAUGCUUUUGCGCCUUAGACAAGCCUGCGACCACCCUCAGCUUGUUAAGUGUUACAAUUCUACUACUCUCUGGAAAUCUUCAGUUGAGACGGCCAUGAAGCUUCCUCGGGAAAAACAGCUAUUUCUUUUGAAAUGUUUAGAGGCUUCCUUGGCUCUCUGUGGUAUCUGUAAUGAUGCUCCUGAAGAUGCUGUUGUUUCAGUCUGUGGUCAUGUUUUCUGUAAUCAGUGCAUUUCUGAACAUCUAACUGGUGAGGACAAUCAGUGCCCUGCUACAAACUGCAAAACUCGACUUAACAUGUCUUCAGUGUUUCCCAAAGCCACACUGAACAGUUCUUUAUCUGACCAGUCUUGUGAUCUGUUGCUUGGUUACUCUGGUUCUGAGGUUGAGGAUUCUGAACCUUGUUCUCAGACUAAGCCAUAUAAUUCUUCAAAAAUAAAAGCUGCACUUGAGGUGUUGCAGUCAUUGUCAAAGCCGCAAUGCCGGACUUCCCAAGAAAAUUGUGUCCCAAGCACUUCUAAAGAAAGUACUGAUUGCAGCUCCACAUCUGCUGACAGUGGAAAAUCUUUUAGUGAUGUUCCCAUAAAGAAAACUAUGUUAAUGGAGAAAAGCUCUAAUGGUGCAAUUGGUUCUCUAGGGGAGAAAGCUAUAGUGUUUUCUCAGUGGACGGGGAUGCUCGAUUUACUUGAAGCGUGUCUUGAGAAUUCUUCAAUUCAGUAUAGAAGACUUGAUGGAACAAUGUCUGUCGUUGCAAGAGAUAAAGCUGUUAAGGAUUUUAACACACUCCCUGAGGUAACAGUUAUGAUAAUGUCUUUGAAGGCUGCCAGUCUUGGUCUGAACAUGGUGGCAGCCUGCCAUGUUCUCAUGCUCGAUCUAUGGUGGAAUCCUACAACUGAAGAUCAAGCCAUAGACAGAGCGCAUCGAAUUGGACAGACUCGUCCGGUUACAGUUUUGCGUCUAACUGUCAAAGAUACGGUUGAAGACCGUAUUUUAGCUCUGCAGGAAAAGAAGCGAAAGAUGGUUGCAUCUGCGUUUGGAGAGGAUGAAACUGGUGGUCGUCAAAGUCGCCUUACAGUGGAUGAUUUAAAAUACUUGUUCAUGAUGUGA